UGGAGAGCGGAGCGCUGAAAGCUAAGCGCCAACAGUCGCCAGCGGUUCGAUUAGCAGCGACGUGGUGAAGUUUCAUUAUAUGUAUUUCUUUGGCCCAAAACAAAGGGGGGAGUGCGAAAAACCACUAAGUAUUUUUUUGGCCAGAAUGCGAGUCAACUAAUUUGCUGGCGAAGACGAAGCAGACAUGGCACAGCUUAAGAAUCCAGGCCAAGGUCAGCCGGCGGCUCUUGUUGGGUCAACGCUGGCUUCGGCCCUGCUGCUCAUGGGUCUGGUUUUUGCACUGAUCGGCAUCAAGCUCUUUGGCUUCCGGCGACGACUGACUUUCGAUCGAUCGCAGGUGCAGCAGCAGCAGCAAUCACAGCAGCCGCCGCCACGUUACGCAGCCUUUGAGUCGCAGGUUAACGGCACCGAUUCCGCUGUCCAUGGAGUGUUCCGACGUCGCAAUCUUGAGGAAUUCGAAAGCCCAUGGCCAACGGCAUCAACGCCAGCGACGACGACAGGAAACAGCUACUUAACGGGAAGUGUUCCCAACCUACAACUCUAUGGCCUCAGCCCCAGGGAUAACCAAAGAACCAAGGUCUCCUAUCGGGAAAAGUCACUAGAGCAGCGACGCAGACGCUUGGAGGUCAACAGUGAGCAUUAUGAGUAUACAGCGCCACCAACCCGACAACCACCAGCUCCUCCAACACAGACAGAGAUGCUGGCCGAGGCCCAACCUGUUGAUUCUCCAGCUAGUCAGGAGUCCGUUCCACCUAAAACUACUCCUGAAGUACCCAAAACUCUGCCUCUAAUUGCUCCCUUAAACCAAUCCCUGCCUGCUGUACCUCGUGAAGCCUUUCCAGAGCCACCAAGCGAACUGGGCAUGCCGAAUUUCGAUCAUUUCGCGGAGAAAUAUGAUCUGAUUAGUACCAAGCCCAAUGGGGAAGCUACAAGACCCACACAGCUGAGGAGUAAGGACAGUGGUCGCUAUGUCAAGUUUGAUCCUGUGGAUGAUGUCCCGGAAUUGCUUACUCCGGAGGACUCUCCGCCAGAACCUUUAACACCAGAUGACGGGCUGGAAGGAGCUUUAUCAGUGACAGCGGUUGUGCAUCGUGGAGCAAUACCCAAAGAAGCUGAACCUAGAAGUGAACCUAGAAGUGAACCUAGAAGUGAACCUAGAAGUGAACACGAACCUGAACCCGAACCCGAACCCAAACUCUCACCUGAACCCGAACCGAAACCAUCAUCUGAACCCUCACCUGAGCCCCAAAGAACACUAGAUCCCUUUGAGGAAGCAGAAAAAGCAGACUCUGCCUUUGUUGUGGAAAUCAUAGCAGGUAGUCCGGAAGCAGAAACCACUGCCAGAAUAGAGCCUACCCUUCAGCGAGGUUUAUUCGAUGACCUGGAACUUCCUCUGGGUAAUCAGGACAGAGACUUUCAACGCAUACGUAAUUCUUUCGUGAUACAUGAAGCAGAUAUCCUGGAUGUGGAUCAGCUACAGCUUCCUCCGGCUAGCAGUCCGCCAGGAUUUGGCAAGAGCAUCGAUGAAGACUGGGACAACUUUGCAAAUCUGGACGCAGUGGUAGAUGUUCCAGAACCCAACUGGGCUCUCCACCCGAACAGUGUCGAGCAAGUGCCCGCGGUUGAGACCACUCUUAGCGAGGCCACUCUCCAACUGGAUAAUGUAGAGCAGGUGGAAGGUCUAUUCCAUCAGCUGGAACUGAUGGAGCCUAGAAUGGAGAUCUUCGAGCCAGAGCCUCCGAUUCCCUGUGUGGAUCCACCGCCCUAUGAUCCUGGUCUACCAUAUUUACCCGACUAUGACUCCCUGAUGCAGCUGGAGAGCUCCAGGGGUGGACACAACCUACCCAAAUACACAGAGGUAAUGGAACAGAGAUCCAAGAAGGCCAACUUUGUUAGUAGGAUAGAGGAUCUGUACGAUGAACUGGAGGUUAAUGGAGGAGAAGUGGCGGGAUCAACCACUUCCACUGCCCAGAGCAAUGGUGUCUCUAACUUUGAGGACUUGUGCCAGGAAAUGGCUGUGUCACCGCCCCGCCAAGCGCCUCAGGCUGCCCCCCGAUCCUCAAGACCCUCGGCCACCCUAAAUGUGCGCGGUGAUGCUGCUCCUCCCCUGGCUUGUUAUCAACCUGAAGAGCUGCCCAGCUCCAGUUCGAGUGAUGCCGAUGGGGAGGAUGGGGGAGCCCGGUCAGCUCCCCAGCCAGCCAGGCGUGAUCCUCGAGCACUGAAAGUUCGCUUCGAUGUGGAUAACCUGCAGUACUAUCAGUCCGCCGAGGUGGUGACCUCGAGCGGUGUAGAGUCCGAGGAGGAUGAUGACUACCUGCCCCGUCCCACGCCCAUGCAGCGCUCAAUAGUUUUCGAGCCAACGGAUAACGGACUGCCCAGCCUUUUUGGAGCUCAAGUCUCUCAAGGAGAUAGCGAUGAGGACGAUGAUGAUGGUUUUGGACGCGCCAUCAGCCAGCAUCGCUCCAUGACAGCGGCACUGAGGACGCAUAAUAUUGUUAGAGGUGACACAGAAGCGUAAUGAGAGCCCUACCUCCCAACAUCCUUAGCAAAUACAGUAUUUUAUGUGUUAAUUAUGUUUGCCAAAACGGCAAUAAUCCAUUUAUGUAUGUACAUAUAUGAUGUGUGUAUGAUUUGUAUGAUAAGUUGCCAUAUCACUUUGACUAUAUAUAGUUAAUGUAGUAAAGUUGUGGCAGGAAAGCCAUUAAAGAUAAAGAAACUAUA